UACGGAGAGUAGAAGACUUUCUUUUGAGCUUUCAUUAAUGGCAGAUGGGUCUCGAUCUCAAACUGAAGCUGAACAACUGAACCAAAGCCCUCAAGAGAUGGUAAGAAACCGCUUUUCUGGUCACCGUAGAACUCUUUAUGAACAAGAGCCCCAAGGAGAAAGAACUGAACAAGUGCUCCAGCAAAAUGAUAAUAGUGAGGCAGAAAAUACUGAUCAAAACAACGAGACCAACAACAUUAAUGAGAAUUAUUUCUCCGCAUUUGGAAGCACAGAUGUUGGGAUUCAAGACGCUUACAAUGAAGAAGGCGGAAGUGGUGAUCAAGCAAGGACGGGUGGAAACUGCUAA